CCCUAAACAAAAGACACUUUUAUAUAAACUCCUACGGAUAUUCAUCUAUCUAUCGACGCUGUGUCUGGGCGUUUUCAGAGCCAAAACAAAAGCAAACCACCGCCGUCGACUUCCAGGUCCUCAACCUCAAUCCAUCCUCUCCGAUUCUCCGCCUUCAGGAGGCUGCUGACAGUUCAUAAUGAGGGGAAGGAGUUACAGUCCAUCACCACCACCGAGGGGAGGAUAUGGUAGGAGGGGACAACGAAGUCCUAGCCCCAGGGGUCGCUAUAGCGGUGGUCGAGGUAGCAGCAGAGAUCUUCCUACAAGCCUUCUAGUUCGCAACCUUCGCCAUGAUUGCAGGCCAGAAGAUCUCCGCAGGCCAUUUGGGCAGUUUGGUGUGCUUAAGGACAUCUACCUGCCAAAGGAUUACUAUACUGGGGAGCCUCGUGGUUUUGGUUUUGUCCAGUUUGUUGAACCUUCCGAUGCUGAAGAGGCUAAAUAUCAAAUGGAUGGUCAGCUUCUUCUUGGUCGGGAGAUAACUGUUGUGUUUGCAGAGGAGAACAGGAAGAAGCCAUCUGAUAUGAGGCAUAGGGAGCGUCCAAGCUCCCGGACUACUAGUCGAUAUCGUGAUCGAAGACGGUCUCCUCCUCGCUAUUCACUCUCUCCACCUCCACGCCGUGCAAGAUCUCGGUCUCACAGCCAUGAUUAUUAUUCUCCUCCAAAACGAAGGGAUUAUUCCAGAUCUGUCUCACCCCAAGAGAGAAGGUACAGCAGAGAGAAGUCGUUUUCUCGAUCUCCUCCACCAUAUGAGGGGUCAAGGAGCCGUAGUCAGAGCCCAGUUAGGGGUCCAAGCCGGAGCAGAAGCAGAAGCCAUAGUCCAAGGCGGAGCAUAAGAAGAAGCCGAAGCCCUAUCAAUGAAGAUUACCCAAGGGAACCAAAUGGAGACAGAUCUCCUAGUCCAUGAAACCUAGAAAGAUAAUUGCUCUCUUAAGCUAGCGGAAAGUGACUUGUUAUGCCAUCUGUUGGAUUUCGUUUAGUAUUUUGGUCAGUCCGAUGUUGAUGCUACUGUUUGAUGAGGUGACUUUGGUCGUUUUUCGGAUUAAGAUAUGUAGGUUUAUGCCUUUGUUUGAAUGGCAUGUAUUAUGACAGAAUUUCUGAACUUUCUUAUCAUCGCUUGCGAUUUUGUUCCA